AUCAUUUUCUCAUCUCAUCUCAAAUUCUUCUUUUAGGGGUGCGGAAGCAAAAGAAAAGAUCGACGCCGACUAUGGCGGUAUCACGGGUUUAUGUGAACGGCUGAAAACCGACCCAAACAACGGUAUACCGAAUACAUCUACCGAAUUGGAACGACGGCGUGCCGUAUUCGGUGCGAACGAAAUCCCACCACAUCCACCUAAAUGCUUUUUGCAAUUAGUCUGGGAAGCUUUACAGGUGGGUUUUUGA